CGCAUCCACGCUGCGGUGAGCUAGUCUGUGAGAGGAGGCGACUGAGGCAGGUGAGGGAAAGAGAGAGAGAGAGAGACAGAUACAGAGAGAGAAAGAGAGAGAGCGAGAGAGGAGGGAUAGUGGCGGAUACACUUCUGCACUUCAACACACACCGACACACACGCACGGUGUGGGAAGACGACAGACUCGGAGCCGCAGCGAAGCCGCUUGUUGUCCACACUCGGUGCUCUUUUCCUCCCCCCCGGCACCGUGCGCUCUCGCCAAAGCCGCACUGUUUGGAGAUAGUCGGCGCGGAAAGUUUUCUGGAGCAUACUGUCUGGAGCCGAUUAAUUGUUACAUCUGUUUUUUCUUCUUCUUGUUCUUCUCCUUAUACGAGGCGGACGACUCUCUGCUCCGCAUGCGAGGACUCUGAAAUCGAGCUGAGGGAUUGUCACAGAGGUUUUUUGUCACAGAGGUUUUUUCGCACAGAAUGGAAGGUAAAUUGACAAGUCGUUUGUGGCGAGGAUCACCGUGUGGAUCUGCCCGCAGGUAAACACGCGCAAUGACCUGAGCGUGUCAGCGGCUGGAUUUAAUCUGCAUCAGUGUUCCCGUUUUGGUUUUGCUCCGUUUUAGCUGUUUAUCUGGAGCAGGCUUCGCUUGGAUAGGGACUGUAAAAGUAGGCCGCUUUCAAUUAGAAGAUAAUCCACACGAGUAUAUGCUACUUUUCCGCCAGUUUGCACUUUGGGUUGCCGUAGAUUUGCUCUUUUUUUCACGUGUUAAUAGUCCCCGCAUAGUGGUUAAAGCAACCGAUCGCUUGCCCAACACUCUCAUUGGAUUUAGUGCGUAAUCUCGCCGCGUCCUCGGCGGACGGAGCGCACUCGCUGAUCCUCGAUCCCCAAAACAACCAAAAAUCCUGCAGAACUUUAGCUUCCCAGUCUGUUCACCCGAGCAACAGCACUCCCCACGGGAUCUGGAUAAGAGACACUUAAAACUACAAGACCGUUCCUCGCUGCAGCAAGGGAAGGAAACCAUAAAUCCACCUGGCCUGCACUGGGAUUAUUGGUUUGAUAUCGUCUGCAGAAAGUGGAUUACAACUUCUAACGGGCUGUGAUCCCUACUGAUCAGCGGCAGUAUGAACCUGAAGCUGGUGUGUGUGCGUCGGCCUCUCUGCUGGCCCUUUGGCAGCGUGCUGGACUCCAGACACUGCGUCUUUGCCCUCACUCUGCUCACACUCCUCAUGCAGGUGGUGGUGGAGGCCAACUCCUGGUGGUCUCUGGCCAUGAACCCUUUACUGAUCCCAGAGGCCUACAUCAUCGGUGCCCAGCCUUUGUGCAGCCAGCUGGUGGGCCUGUCCCAGGGCCAGAAGAAGCUGUGCCAGCUCUACCAAGACCACAUGCAGUACAUCGGCGAGGGGGCCAAGACGGGCAUCAGAGAGUGCCAGUACCAGUUCAGACAUCGGCGCUGGAACUGCAGCACAGUGGACAACUCUUCUGUUUUUGGACGGGUCAUGCAAAUAGGCAGCCGAGAAACGGCGUUCACUUAUUCCAUCAGCGCAGCGGGGGUGGUGAACGCGGUGAGCCGUGCCUGCAGAGAAGGGGAGCUCUCCAGCUGCGGGUGCAGCCGUGCGGCUCGCCCCAAAGAUCUGCCCCGGGACUGGCUGUGGGGCGGCUGUGGAGACAACCUCAACUACGGCUACAGGUUCUCCAAGGAGUUUGUGGACGCACGCGAGAGGGAGAAGAGCUACCCCAAAGGCUCCUACGAGAGCGCGCGGCUCCUGAUGAAUCUCCACAAUAACGAGGCUGGACGGAGGACCGUGUCGGACCUCGCUCACGUGUCGUGCAAGUGCCACGGGGUGUCGGGCUCCUGCAGCCUGAAGACCUGCUGGCUGCAGCUGGCCGACUUCCGCAAGGUGGGUGACGCCCUGAAGGAGAAGUACGACAGCGCCGCCGCCAUGAAGCUCAACACGCGUGGGAAGAUGGUGCAGCUGCACAACAAGUUCAACGCGCCGACCAGCCACGACCUGGUGUACACCGAGACCAGUCCAGACUACUGCCUGAAGAACCAGAGCACGGGCUCCCUGGGCACGGUGGGGCGCCUGUGCAACAAGACGUCGGAGGGCAUGGAUGGCUGCGAGCUGAUGUGCUGCGGCCGCGGCUACGACCAGUACAAGGCCCAGAUAGUGGAGCGCUGCCACUGCAAGUUCCACUGGUGCUGCUACGUCAAGUGCAAGCGCUGCACCAAAAUCGUAGACCAGUUCGUCUGCAAGUGAGAGGAGGGGCGGGGCCUGUGUGUCUGCCUGCAGACGAUGGGCGUGUCCGUCUGUCGGUGUUCCUGAGCGGAGGAGCAAACGGAGUUGCACACAGUGAGAGAAUGGAAGAAAGAAACUAUAUAAAUUAUAUUUAUAGAGUUAAACAAUUAUGCCAUUGCAAAAAGACUGACUCUUUUUUUUUUUUUUCUCAAAAAAAAAAAUCUUUUGUCUUCAGAAACUGAGAGUAUCGUGAAAUAUUUAUUUUGAGAUUGUUGUGUUAUAUUUUGGCCCAGUCAUCACCAGCUGAUUUUAAACCCAUACAAGUGCCUAAAAACAUGGCUGGGAAUGUUCCUCCUUCCCAGUCGCACCAGUCCAUAAUUUCAAAAUAACAUCACCUUCCUUGUCAGAUGGGGCCCACUGAUGGUGCCUCCCAUUUCCUAUCAAGAGUAGAGUUUGAUAUUUGUGGCCCAGUUGAAUAAGAGGUUCCUGGAUUGUUGUUUCGAGAGGUUGGUAAAAGACUGGUGUGUUUCCGUGGGGCCCCAGUCAACAAACCAGCCUUCCCAUCAACACCGAAGUCUUCUUGUCCCCCCCUCUCAUCACUGAUGGUUCUUGGAAUCCAGUGGCUACAGUAAGAGGGCUGUUUCGGGGUAUGGGCCUUUUUAUUAAGCCGUCCCAGAAGCCUUAAGAGUUCCCCAGGUGCUGCAGAGAGCCCUCCACCAUUAUGCACUUUGCUACAGAGGCUUAAACCUGUCUGUACGUGUCUGUUCAGCUGUUUUUUACUACAGUGCAUCAGCUAAUAUAUCAAUAUUAUAGCUUUCAUUCUUUUCCAUAUUAAUUCAGAUUAUCCAUUUAACAUUAUUCUACAAUACUUAACAUGGUUUGAAUAUAUAUGGGCAAUGUGGUGGUUACAGUGGUGAAAUAUUCAAUGCUCUGUGUAUAUAGUGUGUCUAUCCAGCCAAUCAGUAAACUGUAUUUAUUUUCUUUAACCCUCCCUUUUAAGCUCAAAACAGAAAAGCGUCUGAGAUCCACAAUUUUGUCGGACAUCAACUUCCGGAGUCACUUUUUAAUUUGUUUUUUUUUCCUCACUGUUGCGGCUCUUCACUGUUUCUUAUGUAAAGGGAAAAGCACCUUAUUGUUUGGAAACACACUUUCUUCACUCAUGUUGAGCUUUACCGUUACACACACAAACACACACACACACACGUGUCACAGAUGUUCCGAUUUUAUCAAUGCCACAAAUUUCCAAAACCACUCAGUGAACAGCUCACCGUCCCUGUGAUGAUUCUCCAUAGACAAACUAUUUCUACCGAUCCAACAAUGUAUAUUUAUAAGCUUCUCCAUGAAUUUGAGGUUUGUUAAACUUAACGUGUCAUAGCUGAUAUUUUGUUACUUUUUACAAAUUGGCUCAAUGCUCUACUUUGUUUCAAUAAAUAUCAAAUGUAAA